AUAUUAUCGUUUCUUUGUUGUGUUUAUAUGUUGUGACUCAGUGCGAAACCGUGAUAAAACCUGAGAAUUGAAACGAAAUUUAGUCGGUCACCAAAAUUACAAGUGUCAAGAUGUCCCUGGUUUCAGAUGAGGAGUGGGUGGAGUACAAGUCCAAGUUCGACAAGAACUACGAGGCAGAGGAGGAUCUGAUGCGUCGUAGAAUCUACGCCGAGUCCAAAGCCCGGAUUGAGGAACACAAUCGGAAGUUCGAGAAGGGCGAAGUGACUUGGAAAAUGGGAAUUAAUCAUUUGGCUGAUCUCACGCCUGAGGAAUUUGCCCAGCGUUGUGGCAAAAAGGUGCCGCCAAAUUAACAGAAUCUCAAGUGAAUCUCAUUUUAAAUAGACAUUUUGUAAAGACACUAAUCUCUCUGUAAUUCUAUAAAUAUGCAUUUGAAUUUUUAAAUCUUUAUCGUUCAACCACCCCCAAAUAAACAAUAAAUCAGCUGUUUUGUACAUUUU